CUUUGUGCGACAAAUCUAAACACCCUGCAACUGUUACCAUGUUUUCGACUACACGACAGGCUACAGCGCUGGCGCUGCGCGCCAAGCCCAUCACCGCCCUCCAACCCUUCCGCGCCGCCAACGCAGCCUUCAUAUCAUCAACAUCCUCUAAAGAUGCCCAACCAGCCAUGCAAAAGCCCGGCCUCAUUCGAAACAAUCCUCCUCCACCACCGCCCAUGAAGAGCAAGAUGCCCGAUCAGGUGCCUUUACCGAGUCAAGAAGGGACGAAAGGUGCCCUACAAUAUGCACUUUCUACCGUUGAUGCCGUCGCAAACUGGGCUCGUCAAGGUUCCUUAUGGCCGAUGACUUUCGGUCUCGCCUGUUGCGCUAUCGAAAUGAUGCAUCUCUCGACACCCCGGUACGACCAAGAUCGCAUGGGUAUUAUCUUCCGUGCCUCGCCACGCCAGUCAGACGUCAUGAUCGUUGCCGGAACCCUUACGAACAAGAUGGCCCCGGCGUUACGGCAAGUCUACGACCAGAUGCCCGAUCCAAGAUGGGUCAUCAGUAUGGGCAGUUGCGCCAACGGCGGCGGCUACUAUCAUUACAGCUACUCGGUUACGAGAGGCUGUGAUCGGAUUGUGCCCGUGGACAUCUACGUGCCGGGAUGCCCGCCCACGGCCGAGGCGCUGAUGUUCGGAAUAUUUCAGCUCCAGAAGAAAAUGAGACAUACGAAGAUCUCGCGAAUGUGGUACCGUAAGUAGGAGGUGGAGGAAUGAUGUGCAUAGUCGAAAUCGGAGUUUUGGCGAGUUUUCGGCGCUGGGAGCAUCAGGCAGGGCAAACCUGCACUCGGUAUACAUAUCUCAGUAUGCGUAACAUGCCUUACCAACUUGUCCUCUCGUUGCCUCACCCUUUGCUGUUCAUGUGCACAACUGGCUCCC